UAAGUAUGUUUGAUAUUGAAAUGUUGAGCGAUAAAUUACCCCUCCAUUCUUUCGUUACGGUUUGUUGCUGAUUUUUUGUUCAUGUAUUGUCUAUAAGCUCUUUUGUUUCUAUUGGCUUUGGCAACAUAUUCUUCACUAUCAGCUUUAUGAUUCUUGCCUUUUGAUGUGUCAAAGCUAGCAAAACCCAUCAUUUUCUCUAAGAUUUGGUCUUGAUCCAUUUCAUCCAUUUUAUCAAUCACAACUUUUUGUUCCGUAUAUUUAUCAACCUCACCUUUUUCUUUGUUUCGUCUUCUUUUUCUCCUUCUAUUAUCAUCUGACUGUGAAGAGGAUGAAGAGUAUGAUCUGUCACGGCGUCUUCUUCUAUGGUACUUAUCAUCAUAAUCCCUUUUUGAUUUAUUUAUCUGUCCUGUCUUUCCUGUGUGAACGUCUCCUAUCAUCCGAUCCGGAACUGUGUGAUCGCUUGCGAGAGUUCUUUACUCUUCUGGAGUCUUUAUAGUCUUUGGAGUCCUCUGAUUUG